UCAUCCGUCGCCAGUCAAGCAAUACACCGUCAGGGAUAUUCCCUCCUCUUCACCAUAUUCCUCGCGGCAAAUCUUGAGCGCUGCAACCACAUCAGGUCUAGUUCAUUACUUUUCCGGGCACGAACUGAGGCACGCCCUGCAGGUGGUCGACGACCUAGUCCAAAAGUGCACGACAUUUUACGCUUGGAGAAUUCCAAGCACGCGAAAGUCAUUCUGUCACUUUCUAACAAGACAAGCCGCUUAGAUUGCCCAGCAGCCUGCCCUCCGGUUGCGCUGUACUUCUGUCACGAAGAUAAUGGGGACCAGUGGCUGGCAUCCGUACUCAGCCUAGUAGUCGCUGGCAAAUGGUCUGAGAAGCAUGAUUCCAGCCAGCACGUGGUCGUUACAAUGUGCUAACCAACCAAUAUGCUCUGCGUGACAGGCGGACUCGGAGCCUCCCAAAACGCCGCUCGGCAUGCCGCCGCAAGCAGCUCAAGCUACUGACAAGCGAAGAACUAAGCCGUCUUAUGAUGCUUCCACCAAUCAAGCAGAGAAGUCACAGCGCGAUCGUGCGAGGGACGAGACAAUGCUCCAGAGUUCGGUGAUCUCGACCGGUGAGAUGCAAUCGACCAACAUGCCGCCCAUUGGCACCAAUGCGCCUGAGACUCCGAAUAGCAGCACGAAUGUAUCAUUUCGCAGUAUAAAGGCAAGAAGGAUUUGCUCCUCCAUUCGACUUUCAUCAGCACACUCAACCAAUCCAGCAAAGCAUUAAAGCAACACAAACUCAAACGAUCAAAUCUACUCCACCAACUCCUUCGACCAACUUCAACCACCAACUAUCAACUAUCAAACAAAAUGUCUUGGGGCAAGAUUCUCAUGAUCGGCUGCUCGCUCUUCUGCGGCUCCCUUUUUGGAGGCAACAAGCGUGACCUUGAUGCCGGUAACAUUGCUGAGCGCACCGCCAUCUUCUACUCGGACAAGCCACUCAGCGUCGAUCUCUCAGGCGCCUCCGUCGAGACCAAUGGUGACAUCAGCAACACCACUGCCGUCUUCCACUUCCAGGAUGGUCGCAACGAGACUGGCAACCUCACUGGUCAUGCGGCUCAAUUCCCACAUGGAGUUGGCUAUGGCAACUUCUCGAUCUCGGAGGGCGAAGGCGAGUGGAUCAUGGUCGAUAUGACAUCUGGUGCUCCAGGCCUUGCGAACUUAUUCCAGUGGAUCAUCAAUGCCACUCAAGACGGCACUGUGACCAAGCAGGAGUUCGACCAAGCCAUUACCAUCGUCAAGGCUCUUGCUUGAAUGAUGGGAACCGUAUUGGCGAGUGCAGGGACCUUGGAAGGCGUUGAAUUACGAGCAUUUGGUUGAUGAUGAUAUCGUUUCGUUGGGUUUGGAUUUGCGAUUGGCUACGAUUCAAUUUGUUGUACGAUAGGGAGAAACGACGCUGCUGGCCAGCUAUUUCACUUCACGCGUAUCCGGC